AUGGCGGACCUGAACUUCCUUGACGGCGAGGAGUACGCCGAGCUCAAGAAGUUGAACCUUGAAGUCCUCGACAACUUUGACGACUUCGAGACGUGGGAGAAGCUCGUCCGCUCCGCCGAGGGCCUCGAGGGAGGCUUGAACCGCAACUCGAGCCCCAACGCCAUCGCCGCGACCCGCGCCAUCUACGACCGCUUCCUCGCUCGCUUCCCGCUGUUCUUUGGAUACUGGAAGAAGUACGCUGACCUGGAAUUCUCGAUCGCCGGCACCGAGGCCGCCGAGAUGGUCUACGAGCGCGGCGUUGCCAGCAUUGCCAGCUCCGUCGACCUAUGGGCCAACUACUGCGGCUUCAAGGUCGAGACCAAUCACGACUCCGACGUGAUUCGAGAACUCUUCGAGCGCGGCGCCGCAUGCGUCGGCCUAGACUUCCUCGCUCAUCCCUUCUGGGACAAAUACUUGGAGUUUGAAGAACGCCUUGAAUCCAUCGACAGGAUUUUCGCCAUCCUCCAGCGCAUCAUCGCCAUCCCAAUGCAUCAGUAUGCUCGUUAUUUUGAGCGCUUCCGCCAGCUUGCUCAGACUCGCCCCGUCACCGAGCUCGUUCCUGCCGACAUGCUCACCCAGUUCCGCAGCGAGCUCAUGAUGGAUCCAGCCUCAAGCGCCAAGACCGAGAUUGAAGUCGAACGUGACCUGCGCGCCCGGAUCGACGCCUAUCAUCUGGAGAUCUUCCACAAGACCCAGACGGAAACGACUCGGCGCUGGACCUAUGAGCAGGAGAUCAAGCGCCCAUACUUCCACGUCACUGAACUUGAUGAGGCUCAGUUGCUCAACUGGGACAAGUACUUGGAUUUUGAAGAGGUUGAGGGCGGCUUUGAGCGAACCCAGUUCUUGUACGAAAGGUGCCUUGUCACGUGUGCGUAUGAGGACAGGUUUUGGCUACGCUACGCCCGUUGGAUGAACAAGCAGGAAGGUCACCAGGAGGAGUCGCGCAACAUCUACAUGCGUGCCAGUUGUUUGUAUGUCCCCAUCGCCCGUCCGACCGUCCGGCUUCAUUACGCCCUCUUCGAGGAAAUGACUGGCCGCGUCGACAUUGCGCACGCGAUACACGAGGCAAUCUUGUUCAAUCUCCCCGGUCAUGUUGAGACGGUUGUAUCCUGGGCAAACCUUGCCAAGCGACAGGAUGGUGUCGAUGCUGCCAUCAAGGUCUACCGGGAGCAGGUCGAAUCACCUGAGGCCAGCAACAGUGCCAAGGGCGCACUUGUCGCCAAAUGGGCCGGGCUGCUCUGGAAGUCCAAGGGUGAUGCGGCAGGCGCUCGCCAGCUCUUCCAGAGCAAUUCCCAGGCUUACCUCGGUGUCCGUGAGUUCUGGGAGGAUUAUCUCAAGUUCGAAAUGGCGCAACCGACUACCGACGCGACGCAGCCGGAGCAGACCGAGACGAUCAGGCAGGUCCACAACAUGAUUGCUCAGAAGAGCAAGCUGUCACAAGAAGAGAUCAGGCAGCUCACAUACGACUUCAUGAUUUAUCUUAUGGAGAAUGGCGACGAGCACAUGGCCAAGGAGUUCUUCCGCCUAGACCAAGUUGCUGAGGGAGCCGGCCCAUCGCUUCUAGGGGGUUCCUCCCACGCUGCAGCGAGUCAGAAGGAGGACGCUGUUCCUGAGCUCAUGGGCGUCUUCGGCAAGCAACAACAGCUGACGUUGAACAGCUUGGCCCUCCGAUAG